UUCAACCUCUACGUUAAAAUAUGAACAGCACUAACUUACUAUUAUAUCUAAGUGUUAUACGGUGUUUAAGGUUUCCAGUGUAAUUGAAGUAAAUAUCGCGUGUCGUUCGUUUCAUUCUACAGGAGGAAAAGAAAUUUUCCUUCUUAAAGUGUCACGGUGCUGCGUUCGUUCAUCUAAACAGACCGUAAAGAAAAGGAAACAAUGAUGAUGUUUUGCUGUUUAAGAAACUGUUUUGAUGGCCUUGGCUUUGCCGCAACUCAAACACCAAAUCCUAUAUCUUUAGACACGUCUUACAUGGGACAUGAAGUUGUGAUAGUAAAAAAUGGUCUAAGACUGUGUGGUCAUGGUGGUGCCUUAACAAAUGCUCCUCUUGUCCAAAGUAAAAGUUAUUUUGAAGUUAAAAUACAACAAUGUGGUAUAUGGGCUAUCGGAUUAGCCACAAGGUCUACAGAUCUCAAUGUUAUUAUUGGAGGAAACGACAAGGAAAGUUGGGCUCUUAAUUUUGAUUCUGUUAUAAGGCAUAACCAGCAAGAAAUAUAUACAGUUCCAAAUCACAUUCAAGAAGGAGAUGUUAUAGGUGUGUCUUAUGACCACAUAGAGCUUAAUUUCUACUUAAAUGGAGAACCAAUAGGUACGCCCAUUAUGGGCAUAAAAGGAACUGUAUAUCCAGUACUCUAUGUGUACGACGGGGCCAUUUUAGAUUUAAUUGUGGAUAAUUUUAUUCAUCCUCCACCUACAGGUUUUGAAAAAAUCAUGUUAGAGCAAUCAUUACUCUAGCAAAAAAUACUAUUACAUCAGUGUCAAUCUCUUUAUAAUUUGACACACAAAGCAUUUAAUGUCCAUCCUAUAUUUGUCUAACAUAA